ACCAUGUUGGUUAGUACCCCAAAUUCCAGGAUAGAAAUUAAAUUCCUGUCUCCUGAGUUGUAUUUGAGAUUUUCAAAUAAUUAUUUGAAGUUUUUGAAUCAAGUUUUUAUUUAUUUUUAUUUAAGGUAAAGCUGCGUCGUGAAUUCAUGCAAUGGAACGUAAUUUUGACAGCUUUUGCCUCAGUCAUUAUUGUCAAAAAGUAGCUAUAUAAAUAAAACAAUUAUUUACAAUUUAAAUGUGUUUGAAUUCCAAUCUGUUAAUAUUGGUUUUUAAUUUAGUUUAGUAUCUGUGUUUAUUGUUACUUAUUAUUUACACGAAUGGCAGAUCACGAAUUUCAAUUCCCCGCACCAGUAUGUUCAAACGUUGCUGCAGAUAUUGCCAAGAACAGUACUAUUAUAGAAGAAGGUCCAAGGAUUUGUCCGCUAUGCAACUCAAUAGUUAGACUAUUUUAUAUACAUUACACUUCCAAAAUAUUAAUGUGUGAAAAUUUGAAGUGUGAAUAUCCAUUCGGAGAUGAUUUCACUAUUUAUGAAAGCGAUGAUGACGGUUACUUCUUAUCUGAACUAGAUUUAUCCAGCAUUAAAUCCAAAAAAGGCAGCCAGUUAGGCAAAGGCGCCAGUCGGAACAGAUGUACAUCAACACAGGGAACCUCAUCAGAACUAUCUACAGCAGAAUGGUCAGAAAUUAACAGAUUAAAUCAAGCCUAUGAUUCUGACGACAGUCUGACCUCAUCAAAAAUAUUCACAAAAAAAUCUAGCCAACGAAGAUUAGAGAAGAGAGCUAAAAGACAAGAAAACGAAGAAAAAAUUAAACAAAAUGUUGAGAAAAUAAAAGAAUUAAACAAAGUUCUAUUUAGUGAUGAAGAGAAAUUAGAUACAAUACAUAAUGAAAAAUGGUUAAAGAAUUUAUCAUCGAUGCAAUCAUCUUCAGGAAUGAGGCUAGUGAACGAUCAGGAAUUACAGAAACUGAAGAAGGCUGAGCAUGUUCCUGUAGGAGAGUUGAAAAUAGACAUCGAGGCCCGACAGGAUUCUAUAUCCUCGAUUAAAAUAGAAAUUGGAAAUCAACUAGCAAAGAAGUAGAAUAAUAUUUUUUUGCAUAAAUGGAAUAUUGUAAAACAUAUGGUUUUGAAGGAACCCUGUGUGACAAUAAUUUAUAAUUUUUAUUGUCAAGCUUGUAGUACAAUGAAUGGUGCUAUUAAAGCUAUUUUAUUUACUGGAACAUGUAUAAAAUAAUGUAUUACCUACAGGGUGUAUAUUACAGUAUACAGAAAGAAAGCGUAUUAUGUGGGUGUGUGAAGUUUAUUUUUUGUUAGUUAAGAUUUGUCUGCUUUUUGCUAUCAUGAAAAAUUGCCAGACACUUAUCCUAACAAUUUUACUCUGAUAUAUUUUCUUCAAUGUUGAGUUCAAAGUCAGGUGAUCCAUUUAAUAAUGUGAGCUUUUGUCUUAUACCCACUACUUUUGUAUAGUCGUACUAAAAAGGGACAGUCUGUCCUUUAUAUUUCCAACAGUUCAAUCAACAGCAUUACCUGGUGAGGUGGGAUACAGUAGAUCUGUGAUUUCAAUAUAUAUCUGUUUGCUUUUAUUUAUUUUCAUUUUAUUAAGAAAC